AUGGCAAGAGGCGGGCGGACAGCAGAGGAGGACGAAACCUGGAGGCCGUCGGCCGAAGAUGCCGCUAUUCAGGCCGCUGACGAGAUGCUGGAAGACGAGUUAUUGGAUGAAGCGCCUGUCGAGAGGAAAGCCGCUUCAAAGGCAGCUUCAUCGUCAAAGGCAUCUCCCGUCGCCCAUCACAAGAAAAUGAGCCGGAGGCCGAAGCACCAGGACGAUGAGACCUGGAAGCCGACGGACGAGGACCUUGAGGCCGAAGAGCUGGAGGUCCAGGAGAUGGUGAACGACCAGCUGCCACUUAGCGAGGAUGAGAAGCCAAAAACCCCCUCAAAGAAGACAUCAAAAUCUACAGGUCGCAAGAAGACUACGCCCCGAGCCCGGCACCACGAAGAUGAUGACAUCUGGAGGCCAGAUGGUGAAGAACCAGAGGAUGAGGGUCUAGAGGACGAGGAACUUGAGACCGAGGACAGCGCAGAUGACGAGCCCACGACUGGACAACACACUCCCAAGAAAGCCAGAAAGCGACCUGCUGCAAGUUCCGCCGGGAGUCCGGUGGAGCACAAGAAGAAGCCUGGACCCCGGCCCAAGCAUCGCCUUACACCGGCCACCAACAAGAAGCCGCCCACCUUCCUCGUGCAAGGUGACAACCCUAAUGCCCCCUUCACCUUCGCAGCAUAUCGGGGAGAAGGCAUGUGCAUGUUGGCUAUGAAUUGGAAAAAUGACACUCCUCCUGACGACUUCGUUGGGUUCGUGAUCGAGUUCAAAGAACCUCAAUCACAAAAGUGGUGGCCAAUUCCCAACUAUGUCACCUUUCCAGGCGAGGCUGCACGGUCAGGGCCUGAUGCUUAUUCGAGUCGCCUGUCACCGAUCCAGAGAUUCCGCUGGGUGCACUUCCCGUACAGCGUCGACGCCCCAGGACACUUCCGCUAUCGCGUUACUCCUGUCUUCAUGAAGGGCCAAGGCGACGACCACGAACUCACUUAUGGAGAGUUGCAGGAGGUCAGUAUUGAGCUCAUGGCCGACACGUACCCGGGCCAGAUGAAUGUUGCCUUCACGCGAGGUUUCGUUUCCUCCAAGGCUUUCGUCAAGAAAUUCGGUGUCGAUGGCGGUGUUGGGAGUAUCCUUCCCGAGAAAGCCGAUGAAGGCCUCGAGUUCAAGCCCAAAGACCCAGAGGUCGAAGAAAAGGCCUUGGCCUGGAUGGGCUUUGAAGCUCGUGAGGUGGUACUCUCCACGCUCGACGCGGCCAUCGAGGAUACUACAGCCCAGGUGCGCGUGCUGGCAUACGACUUCAACAAUCCCGAGGUAGUCCGACGACUCCAAAGGCUGGGCAAACGUCUCAAGGUCAUUAUCGACGACUCGAACUCGCAUGAUAAAGCUGAAGACGCGGAGUCCAAGGCGGCGGAGAUGCUGCGGAAGACUGCGGGCAAGGAUAACGUUCAACGCCAGCACAUGGGGAACCUACAGCACAACAAACUCAUCGCUGUGGAUGGGGACAAGACCAAGAUCGCUAUUGGUGGAUCCACCAAUUUCUCGUGGCGUGGCUUUUACGUCCAGAACAACAACCUCGUUGCCCUCCAAGGUGCUCGCCCGGUGGAGGUGUUCAACAAGGCCUUUGAUAACUACUGGGCGCACCCCAACGACACCGACGGUUUCUACAAGACCGAGUCUGCACAGUGGGCCGACCUUGGCUUCAGAGAUGUCGACGCUCAGGUGACAUUUUCCCCUCACAGCUCCAGUGCGGCGACACUCGAUGAAAUCGCCUCCGACAUCAAGGCCACCGAGUCCAGCCUCUUUUACUCCCUGGCAUUCCUCUACGAGACACCCGGCGUGAUCCGCGACGCCAUCGAGAAGAAGACGUCGCAGAAGGGCGUCCUGGUCUAUGGUCUAUCCGACAAAUCCGUCGGCGGGCUCGACGUCCGCACCCACGACGGCAACCCGCCCAUAGCCUACCCCGACGACUUUGACAACGAGUCUGCGGGCGGGUCGGGCGCGAGGAUGCACCACAAGUUUGUAGUCAUAGAUUUCAACAAGCCGACCGCGCGCGUGUACACAGGCUCCCACAACUUCAGCGUGGCGGCUGACACAAAGAAUGCCGAAAACCUGUUCCUAAUUAGGGACCAGCGCGUGGCCACGGCGUACAUGAUCGAGGCCGUGUCCAUGUUUGACCACUAUGAGGUCCGGGAUCAUAUCUCGAAGAAAAAGAAGGCGGAGGCCAAGGGCGAGGCGCAUACUAUCCACUUGAAACUGCCUCCGGGGAAAAGCAAGGGAGAAAAGCCGUGGUGGGAUCAAUAUUGGACUGUAAAGCAGAAGAUACAUGACCGUCAGAUGUUUGGAGUUUGAUCCAUCUUGGAAGUCUCUAGUUUGACACAUUAGGCUUCCAAUCAAUAUAGUGGACCAAGAUGGUGUCGAGGUAGAAUCUUGAAUGUUGAUUAAUGUGCAAUA